CUAGCGCAUGAUUUGACAUCAGAGUAACAGUUUCAAAGUAUAUAGAAGUGGUAUUCGGACAAGAUUUCGACCAUUAUUCAUCAGGAGUCAUCAUGUCGGAAACAUGGGACGCGAUUCAAGCAAUAAAGAACAAGCAGAGCAGCAUGAGAGCUCGCAUGCGGGAGAGAAAACGCCAAAGACAAGAUCUGGCUGCGGAGAUAAAGAAUGAGUCAAGUGGAUCAACUUCAAAGAGCGAGACACCAGCAUCUUCCCUGUCUAAGUCAUCUCUGUCAAUGACCUCUUCGCGGAGUGCAAGCCCUGCCCCACCACCAUCGACCAUGGCAACCAGCGAGCCUGAGGUGGUUAAGUCUGAUGUAGAGGUGGAGAAGAAGUUGUUACUGGUGCUGUGUGAUAUCAGCUUGGACAUACCUUCUAAUGCCUCCGUACUAGCCACGGAGACAUCUAAACUGUUAUGUCGCCAGGUCAAACUCUCUGCUAUUGAACAUCUUUUGGAGAAAUUUGCUGCUCAGCAACUGAUUAGUAUUAUAACAAAAGAAUCAGCAGAUAAGAGCAGGAUAACAGUCUCAUCACUGGAUCUCUCCAAGCUAUCAGCAGUUUCAAAUGAUUUGGUAGGAUCUAAAUCUCUGGGCAAAGAUGACUCCAAGAGAAGACGAGAUAGUGAUAAAGGUAGUGAAGACGGCCCAGCCUCCAAACUGUCCAAAGUCUCAGCCAGCACUACAGACACACCUGGUGACCUCAUUGAGAGUCUCUUGUCCAUGCAGUCUGCCAAAGAAAGGGAAAACAAGAAAUUAAGUGAAGAAAUCCUGUCCUUGUUAAGUAAGCCGACUGCAAAGGAGCAGUCACUUGUUGAACAAUUCAAAUCACAAGGUGGCCAGCUGCAGGAGUUCUGUCCAUGUGGCACCAAAGAAGAAUGCACGAGGAUGAAUGGAGCUCGGGUUCCCUGUAAAAAACUACACUUCCGAAAAAUUAUUCACAAACAUACAGACGAAUCUCUGGGAGAUUGCUCCUUUCUCAAUACCUGCUUUCACAUGGACACUUGUAAGUACGUACAUUACGAGAUAGAUUACCCCGAACGACAAGUUGACGGGUCGUUACUGAGGCGCGAGGCAGCACUGGGAAGCAAGCUGACUGACUCAAACAAAGAUGUGACUAUGUACCCCUCCCAGUGGGUACAGUGUGACUUACGUUACUUUGACAUGUCCGUGUUGGGCAAGUGUGCAGUAGUGAUGGCUGACCCGCCCUGGGACAUUCACAUGGAACUCCCGUACGGUACAAUGAGUGACGAUGAAAUGAGGAAGUUAGAUGUGCCGGGGUUGCAAGAUGAUGGGUUCCUGUUUCUGUGGGUCACAGGAAGAGCCAUGGAAUUGGGCAGGGAAUGCUUGGAAUUAUGGGGGUACAAAAGGGUAGAUGAGUUGAUAUGGGUGAAGACCAAUCAGCUUCAGCGAAUCAUCCGCACUGGAAGGACUGGCCAUUGGCUCAAUCACGGCAAGGAACACUGUCUGGUGGGCGUAAAGGGGAACCCGAAAGGUGUGAACAAUGGACUCGACUGUGACGUAAUUGUAGCAGAGGUGCGAGCCACAAGUCACAAACCAGAUGAAAUCUACGGCAUUAUUGAGCGGCUUUCACCGGGCACUCGGAAGGUGGAGCUCUUUGGCAGACCACAUAAUGUUCAGCCAAACUGGAUUACCCUAGGUAACCAGGUGGAAGGUGUGAAGCUACUAGACCCGGAUAUUGUCAAGUCCUUCAAGGAAAGGUACCCAGACGGCAACUGUAUGGCUCCGCCAAAACAUCGCUGAAUGCCCUCUAGCUCUGUCUCUUCUGAAAACAAAUCAACUACCACUGUAGGCUACCACUACACAAGGCUAUGUGUCUUGAAGAGACUGUUCUGCUACCAUUUCUCGGCUAAUGGUAGAUAUAAACAACAAGCAGGUUGCAGUGUAACUAGCCAGGUGAUGGCCUGAAACUGCCCUGGAGUCAUGCAUUUUGAUAAAAAAAAAAUUGUGAUUUCGACCUGCUAGUUCACCGGAAGAGUCCUCAUGGCAAAGUACCACUUGAGCCAGAUCAGAAAUGUUGGUGCACUAUUUCCGGGACGCGAUGGCGAAACAUUAGUCCCAGAUGUUUCCAGUAUGGAAUUCCUGAGAGGUGGCAAUAUGAGUGAAUACUUCUAGCUCAGUGCCACGUUUGCAAUAUUCCAGCCAUAUUGUUGUGAGUGACACAAUGAAUAUGUCAUCGUUUGAACCACCCUGCUUAUGGAGACACCGUUGUGAAUGAAUGAAAACAUUAUUGAAGGUGAUGUUAAACCGCGGGCUUAAUAACAAGCAGCAUAGUGGCCCAUUAGUGCAAUUCUAACUUCUUAACAUUUUAAGUUUUGACAUUUCCAUAUCGGCACGACCAGAGUAGUAGAAAUCUAAAUUUAUCUUACUGAAAUGUAUGCAUUUAUGUUAUACUAGAAAUUAAAAUUAAUUUCAGUGAGUAUUAGACCAUGUUCUGAAUGAAUAAAACACCAUAGUGAAUAAAUUCAAUAAAUACAAUACAGUGUAGAUUUGUGGGAUAGAGUUGUAUAUUGCAAUUGAUGACUUUUGUUGCGCUGAACCAUGCAUUGUUGUAUAUAAAUUAAAAUAAAUUCGAUUUAGUAUUGGCAUCUCUCACUUAAGUUGUCCCAGCAUAUAAAACCCAAUACACCUGCCAGUGUCCAGCAAAAUUUGUUGAAAAAUUUGUGAUGCCACAAACUUGAUUAUACCUUGUAAAGGUUAUCCCAACUACCACAGAAUGCAACACACCGCAGUGUAAAAUACCGUUUUGUAAAUGACCCAAAACUUCGCCCAUGGCUCAGUGUCUCAUUUUGCCUGAUAUUGAGAUCUCUGUUAAUAUAUGAUAACAAAGGUCUUAUGGGAUAUGCUCUACACGAAGGGAAGCAAUUGCACCGAUAGUAAUAUUUUACGACAUAAAUUGCCAUGAAAUUGCUCUCUGUUACGCAACGUUUUCGCCAUUUGCUAAACCUGAGUAAUUUGGAAGUCCAAAGGCUUGAUUUAAGUUGUACCCAUCUGAAAUGGAGAUUUUUUUUUAUUUGAUCAACAGUACAAAGCACGUCAAAACGUUCUUUUAUCAAUAGCCGACAGAAUUCCUAGCUUGCUGGAAGUAUUUAUGAUAGUACUGUACACCUGUUAAUAA